AUGGUGAGGGGGCUACCCUUCAGCUCUCUCUUCUACACCACUAACUCAUCCCAGGACACCCCGCCACCGUCACCGCCGGCAGCCGCUCCACCGGCAUGGAUGUGGCCCUCUUGCAAGAACCCAAGGACGACCCAGUACUUCCGGACCCCAUCCGCAACCGCCAAGACCAUCGCAUCCCUCUUCCUGGACUCCGGGGAGUCGUCCUUCGCCAACUCCUCCGCGCGGACGACGACGCACCACGCCGACUGCGCGUCCGACAGCCAGUCCACCGAGUCGGAGGCCUCGCCGGCGGCCGACGACAUCGCGGACGCCAUCGUCCGGGGACUCCGCUCCGACGACCGCCUCCUGUUCGAGCCCCACGGGCCCUCCAGCUCCAUCCUCGAGAGGAAGCCUCCGCCGGCACGUCCUGCCCUGCGGCGCCCGCGAGCCGCCUCCGCCCAGGCCGAGGCGGCGGCGGCGGCGGCGUCCUCGUCCUUCGGCGACAGCGUGGCGGUGGCGUUCGACUCCACUGACCCGUACCACGACUUCCGGGCUUCCAUGGAGGAGAUGGUGGCCGCGCACGGCAUGGGCGACUGGGAGUGGCUCGAGAGGAUGCUGGCAUGGUACCUCGGCGCCAAUGGCAGGCACACCCACCCCGUCAUCGUCACCGCGUUUGUCGACCUCGUCGUCACCAUGGCCGCGGCCUCCGCCUCCGCCGGCGCGUUCGCCUGCACCUCCUCCCGCGUCUCUUCUUUCACGUUCGCCAGCAGUAGCGAGCCGGCCGAGAGCAGCAGCGCCGGCGGCCAUUUCUCCUUCGGCCUGAUGUAA